AAUUUAAAAUCCACCGAAGAAAAAGAAACACACUUAUCAACUAAUGUGGACACACAAACAGUGAGUGAGUUUCGCUAAACUGGUGUUCCAUUCCACACCAGACAAAUAAAACAAAUGCAGAUUGUUUCAUACGCCUCUUCAAUUUUAUCUCCCAGAUUGCCUCUGCCAACCACAUUUCUCCCCUUUGUUUUAUUAUUUAUCACACACAUUGCUAUGUUUUCUGUUCUUUUUGGGACCUUCUUCGCUGAUCUAGAGAGGGGAAAUGCAAGAUCCUGCCUCUGAUUCACUCAGGAUACGGAUCUUCCUUUUUUUUUUAAUUACUAUUUUAAUUUAAUCAAAAUUGAGUUCAUCUGAGGGUUUCCCAAUUCCGAUUAAGCGAUGAGCUGUUUUUCUUGCUUUGUUUCUCGCCGGAAAGAUGUGCGGAGGGUCGAAGUUGAUAAUGGAACUCGAUCCGCUACUUCUUCGGGGACUGGGGGAGUGAACGUUGCCGCUACUGAUAAGGAGAGUGGACGGAAGAGAGAAUCCUCGGAGGCGAAGGGGAAGAGUGUGAGCAGUAGCAAAAGCAAUAAGGCUGCGGCUAGUUUUGGUUUUCGUGAGCUUGCAGCGGCAACGAGGGGUUUCAAGGAAGUGAAUUUGAUUGGGGAAGGUGGUUUUGGAAGGGUUUACAAGGGUCGUCUUUCAACAGGCGAGCAGCUUGUUGCUGUAAAACAAUUAAGUCACGAUGGUCGCCAAGGUUUUCAGGAAUUUGUGACGGAGGUUCUUAUGUUGAGCCUGCUUCACCAUUCCAAUCUUGUUAAGUUAAUUGGCUACUGCACUGAUGGAGAUCAAAGGCUUUUGGUUUACGAAUACAUGCCUAUGGGUUCCUUGGAAGAUCAUCUUUUUGAUCCUAAUCAAGACAAAGAACCCCUAAGUUGGAGUGUUCGAAUGAAGAUCGCUGUUGGAGCUGCCCGUGGCCUCGAGUAUCUCCACUGUAAAGCAGAUCCGCCUGUUAUCUAUAGAGACUUGAAAUCUGCAAACAUCUUAUUAGAUGAUGAUUUCAGUCCAAAGCUGUCAGAUUUUGGGCUUGCUAAACUUGGACCUGUAGGAGACAAUACACAUGUUUCGACCAGAGUGAUGGGAACAUAUGGUUACUGUGCGCCGGAGUAUGCGAUGAGUGGCAAAUUAACUCUUAAAUCUGAUAUCUAUAGCUUUGGUGUGGUUUUGUUGGAGUUGAUCACUGGACGGAGGGCAAUAGAUACUAGUAGAAGACCUGGAGAGCAAAACCUAGUUUCAUGGUCUCGCCCAUUUUUCAGUGACCGGAGAAUGUUUGUACAUAUGGUCGACCCUCUUUUACAAGGAAACUUUCCCUUGCGCUGUUUGCAUCAGGCAAUUGCUAUAACUGCUAUGUGUCUCCAGGAGCAACCAAAAUUCCGUCCACUUAUUGGUGAUAUUGUUGUUGCACUGGAAUACCUAGCUUCUCAGAGUAUCCCUGAAGUCCAUAAACAAGUUGGCCGCAGCCCACCACUGCAACCACCUUCUGAAAUGGACAGAAAUUAAUACUUCACAGGUAUAUGAUUCUAGCUUGAGUUCCAUUUCUGUCUAUGAUAUUAGGUACAAAUUUCCUUAUCAGUUUGGUCAGUGUAAGCUACCAAUUUACCUAUUUAAAUGUUAAGUGUUAUUGCGUUAAUUAAUUUACUGUCAUAGCAUUAGUGAAGAUAAACCUCUUGAUAUAGUAGUAGUAAACAUAUGGAUUAAUUAAUUGCAAUGGACAUGAACUUAUGCUUGUUUAGGCUUUAAACUUCCUCGAGGCACCUAUGGCAUGUUUAUUAUCAAUGUCAUUUCAACCAAAUAAGGAAGGUGGGGGGAAGAGGGUUGUCGCUUGUUGAUUGUGGUGUUUGGUUUUCCCAACAUCGAUUUUGCUGCAACAACCCAGGCUGGAGCUGGAGUGUUAUUGAGUGACGGUAGCACAUAUAAAAUGAAGGGUAGCUAUGUUUCUUAGUUCUUACUUUAUUUUAAUUGAGAGAGAGGAAACGUGCUCUGAAAUUAUUUUGUGCAUAUACAGUUAUACUUUCUUCUUUACUCUUGGGUCUUGUUUUAAGAAGGAUAGAUUAGUGGGAAGGAUGGGCGUAGCUUGUACCUAUUCUUCUGGUAGUGAUGUUGUAUUGGUCUUAGAGAGCAAUUUUUGGACUAUGAUCCUGCAUUCUCUAAUACAGAACAGCGAGUUUCCUUCUCAUGUUAAACAAAAGUGACAGAGUGGUGUAUUUCCAGAGGUGUCGAAUUUUGUUAUAGUUCGAACACAAUAUUGCACAGGCUCAUACAGACGAUUCUUAAUUUAAAAUAGAAGUCUGUUCAAAUUUCUUUUUCAGGCUGAAAUGGAAAUUGCAUUAACUAACAGGGU